CUUGUUGGUGCGAUGAUGUAAUGAAGUAAAAGAAGAGUAAAGAUGGCGGAGAAUAGCGGCACGGAUCCUGCCGUGGAGACUAACACUGAGGAAAAUGCCGCCGCUAGCGCGACUAUCAUUAAGGUCACCGUCAAAACACCGAAGGAUAAAGAAGAAAUAGCCAUCGCUGAGGACUCAUCUGUCUCACAGUUUAAAGAGGAAAUCUCUAAACGAUUUAAGGCGAAGCAGGACCAGCUGGUUCUGAUUUUUGCCGGGAAGAUCCUGAAGGAUGGAGACACGCUCGGUCAGCAUGGCAUUAAAGACGGACUUACGGUUCAUCUGGUCAUCAAAACCGCACAAAAGAGUUCAAGUGGUAGUUCGCAGACCUCUGUCUCUUCUGGCCCUGGACCAUCACAGGGCAACACAGCUGGAACCGCUAACCCCAGCCCAGCCGGCAAUCUGGGCACUCCCCAGGGCAGCGGGCCGUCCCCAACCCCGACACAGCCACCCAAUAUACUAGCUGGGUUUGGUGACCUCUCGGGCCUGUCUAACCUUGGGAUGGGAUCUGCCAACUUCAUGGAGCUUCAGCAACAGAUGCAGCGACAGCUCAUGUCCAACCCUGAGAUGCUGUCUCAGAUCAUGGAGAACCCGCUUGUGCAGAGCAUGAUGUCCAACCCUGACCUGAUGAGGCAGAUGAUAGUGGCCAACCCACAGAUGCAGCAACUGAUGGAGCGCAACCCAGAGAUUUCACACAUGCUUAACAACCCAGAGCUCAUGAGACAGACAAUGGAGUUGGCACGAAACCCAGCCAUGAUGCAAGAGAUGAUGCGUAACCAGGAUCGGGCGCUUAGCAACCUGGAGAGUAUUCCCGGGGGUUACAAUGCUCUUCGGAGGAUGUACACAGACAUUCAAGAGCCCAUGUUUAGUGCUGCACGUGAACAGUUUGGAAAUAACCCCUUCUCGGCAUUGGGUGGAAAUACUGAUAACUCCGGAGUACAGCCCUCCAGGACAGAAAACCGAGAGCCCCUGCCAAAUCCCUGGGGUCCCCCUGAUGCCUCCGCCGCCACUACCACCACCACCUCUGGGACGGCUACCACCACCAGCUCCACCACAAGCUCAACCACACCCAGUGUGUCCAACCCUCUGGGCAUAAGCUCCUCUAGCCUUGGAAACGGUAUGUUCAACAGUCCUGGCAUGCAGAGCCUAAUGCAACAGAUCUCUGAGAACCCUCAGCUAAUGCAGAACAUGCUUUCUGCUCCUUAUAUGCGCACCAUGAUGCAGUCACUGUCCCAGAAUCCUGAUAUUGCCUCACAGGUAUUUACGAACAACCCUCUCUUUGCCGGAAAUCCACAGCUGCAGGAGCAAAUGAGACAGCAGUUACCUGUAUUUCUACAGCAGAUGCAGAACCCAGAAUCCCUUUCUGUCAUGACAAAUCCUCGAGCCAUGCGAGCCCUAAUGCAGAUCCAGGAGGGACUGCAAACCCUUCAAACCGAAGCCCCUGGUCUCAUGCCCAGUCUGAUACCUGGUGGGAUGGCUGCUGGUAUCCCUGGUGCCCCACUGCCCACAGGGGUGAAUGUGACUCCUGAGAACCCUCCGCCCUCAGGCCCGGCCCCCGCCCCUGCCCCCACACCCACCCCCACCCCCGCUGCUGGAACAAACACCGCCCAGCAGCAGCUCAUGCAACAGAUGCUACAGAUGUUUGCUGGAGGGAAUGCAUUGACUCAGACUCCAGAAGUGCGUUUCCAGCAACAGCUGGAGCAGCUGAGUGCCAUGGGCUUCAUCAACAGGGAAGCCAACCUUCAGGCCCUCAUCGCCACUGGGGGCGACAUCAACGCUGCCAUCGAAAGACUGCUCGGCUCUCAGCCUUCCUAAUUCCAUCAACUGAGAGCGUGCGAAGGGAGACAAGAAGCAAACAUAGUCCUCAUCACAUAAAAUCUGACAAGCCCUAUAUAGACAGAAUUCCAAUUACUCUAAUCAUGUUUUUUUUUUUCUUGCCUUUUUUUUUGAUUCUUCAAUCAGUUGAUCUCUGAAUCAUCAGCAAUGAGGCUUUCAAAUUUGUUUCCUUAAACAAAAAACAAACAAACCAGAAUCGCUGUGUAAUGAUGUCACACUAACCCCUCAUCACUAGUAAGAUGGGACAAAGCUUACAAUUGCUGAACCAAGAUUAAAUUACCAUUACUUACAAUUAGAACACACUCACCGGGAAUAAAAUCCAUACGCUUGAUUACCGAGGCCCAGAGGGAUUCUUGUCUUCUGUCAAAAUGCUUGGUUUCCUUUAAUUUCUCCCUGUUUCUCCUAAUUCAUGCCUGAUCAAACCAGUAUUUAUUGCAGAAACAUAGAGCUUAACCUUUACUCCCUUUCCGCCCUCCUCAGUUGACGUUGAUUUGAGCGUUCCUUGACAUUUUGAUGUGUUAAUCGAAAUCUAAUAGACAUGAACGGAGCACUAUAACACCUUGACUCUGAUCGCUUACACUUCAGCUAUUUUAGAAAGGAAUGAGUUUUGGAGAUGAGAUUUGGAAAAGAUAUUCAGUCAUCUCUUUUGUCUUUUGCCUUUGUGAGGAAUGUACAUGAAUUGACCGUAAAGGCUUGUCAUAUGGGUAAGGUUGUAACAAAGCAUCAAUAAAAUAUUUCUCAGCUUAACAAGCAGUGGUGAACGUA